UCUCGAGAGUCUCGUCGGUCGACAGUUCGAACGGAUGUCUUGUGUAGUUGAGACGUACGAGUCGGUCGUCGACGUGCAGGCGAGCCCCUGAUCACCGACACGAAACAAGAGCCGAUCACGAACGAGUAGACGACGUGAUUAAAUACGCGAUACGCAGAAUGAGUUUAACCGCGAAGAGUGCACCGCUCGCAAUAUUAUUGUGCGUGAUUUUGGCAAGAGGAGGCACCGGCACCCCUCUAACUCAUCACUAUAAGCGUGAUGCAGUUCCUUAUGGAGAACCAAGCGAGAUCGAAGAUGGUAGUAGUUCCUCAGACGCUUACAACUACCACUACUUAAUUGCUGAGCCAAAGUGGCGCCCGGACGCAGUGCUGCCAGUUUCCCUGCUGCCAGCACCCGAGGGUAUGUCGGCGAGAUCCCAGCACAGGAUUCGACAGUCCUCUACGGGACCGAACAAUGCUGGAAUGGAUCUACAGAUGGCACAACUUGGUGCGAAAGGUGGAGAGGAGGUUAGUUCCACCGCAACACUAUCCUGGCUCGACUGGCAACUACCGCUCUUCGUAGUACUUUGCGCCCUGGUUGGUGCCAUACUGUUCACUUUUGUGAUCCUGUUAUGGCUUCGAAAGCAAAUGUCGUGUGAAAAAGAUACAGAAGAUGGAGACAGGCGAGGAUUGGUAGAAGAAGGCGCAGUUGGCCUACCGGAAAAGCCAGCUAAAGAAUUGAGGGACCCUGUUGAAGCUCAGUGGGUUUGUCAGCCAGUUAUGAAACCUCCUGUUGCUAUUCAACCGACCAGACCUGUUAAGCAGCCAGCUGCACUUCCAGAGGUAAUGACGUUAUCUGCACCAGAACGAAGACCAGAACCAAUUCGCAUCAAGGCCAAAGGUCUCCUAGAACGUCGAGGUUCUAGUGCUAGUUUGACAAUAGAGUUAGCACCUGCACCAGAAAGCCCACCUUCGAUGGUGACGCCAACCCGUGAAUGUACAGCUGAAGAAUUCUUAUUGAGUGCUGGAAAUGUUCUAUCGCGUGCCCAGCUUUGUAAAGUACUAAAAGAACCUGCCUUGUUACACAAAGAGUUUUGGGAAGUGCCUCUAAAUCUACCCCACAAGGUCGAUGUUUGUGGUUCUGGUGUUAAAAACCGAUAUUGCUCGGUUCUGCCAAAUCCACAGUCAAGAGUUGUCCUCCCAGGAUCUGACGACCCACUCGCCAGUUAUAUUAACGCCAAUUAUAUCCGUGGCUAUGACGGCGAAGAUACUCGUUACAUCGCGACCCAGGGGCCGUUGUCGCACACAAUCAGUGAUUUCUGGAGAAUGGUUUGGUCGGAACGAGUUUCUACCAUCGUUAUGAUGACCAGAUUGUAUGAGGCAACAAAGACCAAGUGCGACCCGUACUUUCCACUAGAGAAAAACGGCCGAAUGCAAGCUGGUACCUAUACCGUCGUCGUAAAUUCAGUCGAGUCUAAAGACGGCUAUAUGGUCAGAGAAUUAGAGCUUGGAUAUGAAGGAGAAAGAAGACACGUACAGCACUAUUGGUACGACACGUGGCCAGAUCAUGCAGUACCUCAGGCUGCUGGCGCAUUGGUUGGCCUAGCUGCUGAAGUUAACUCGUUACCAGGCCCAGUGGUUGUUCACUGCAGCGCCGGAAUUGGCCGAACUGGUUGUUUUAUAGCUAUAGCCACAGGAAUGGCUCAAUUAUUGAGGGAUGGAAAUGUCGACGUACUGGGCAUUCUUUGCCAAAUGAGGUAUGACAGGGGUGGAAUGGUACAAACUGCUGAGCAGUAUGAGUUUGUACACAGGGCAUUGUAUCUGUUCGAGCAAACACUAGGUAACUUGACGCCGACGUCGGGUGAUUGAAAUAUUGUUAGCGCGAAGGUUCCUCAAGAAAAAUCAGGCUCAUCCGAUACUGGUCCGGAUGUUAGGCUUCUAACCCGUGCUGCUACGGACUUUUCGUUGAAAAAUCCAUCGAGGAUGUAACUGAGAAGUAUAAAGUCUAUAUCAAUCCCAGCUGCCAUCACCAAUACUGCCACGACGAAUUGUUUGACACUUAAUCUCAAAGGCGUAAGCUCAAUGAAAAUCUAGGAUUCAGCGAAUACGUGGGAAAAUUGUCGGCCAAACAGUGCCGAAUCCUAACCCAAAUCAAAAUGAUGGAUGUCUUUUAGUAAUAUCAUCAAUUGCCUGAGAUUAACACGAUUGGAUAGCACAAUGUUCGUUCGAAGGAAAUUACAUUUUUAAAGUAUAUUACGGUGCUUUAUGAAAAUUUGCGAGUUGUCGCAGUGAUUUAUUUUUUAACAAGCAUUUCCACUAAUAUCAACUCUUCUUCCCCUUGAGAACGGAAAAUUUUUACAUUAUAAUUACAUUCCAAAAAGAGACAAAUCUAUUCAGAUAUUUGCUAUUGUCAAAAAUAUCGUGACCAGAUAUUAGUUUCAUGUGAACCAAUCGACAUAUUGUUCAUUUCAUUCGAAUUUGAAAGUUUUCA